UGGCCGCAACGGAUAGGUUAGCCCACGGAAUCAAAGUUGUCGUCCUGGUCGACGACUGGCUCUCCAACUCCAGGCGGUAAGAUCAUGGCAUGGCUAGGUUUUGGCGUGUUUCGGCGGAUAUUGCCCUGGCGGGAAGCGAUGUCAUGACGAGAGGGGACAUUGAAGAAAUUCCGACUACACUAAAAAUGUCCAAGCUUGAGUGACGUCUAGGCCGAUUUUCCCCUCCAUGACUGCUGUAGGCAGACAAGUCAGAAUAUCACGACGAAUAAAAUAACAGCCACCAUGACCCAUCCGCAGAUUCCACCUUUACAACCUCCCGACCCUUGAGGCCCGACGCCCACCGUCCACGAACUAUAUACUGCGAAAACUCAUCAUCGUCGCCCUCGUCGCCCUCGUCUUCGCCCUCAUCCUCCUCCCACCCAAACCGCCCAUCAUGCAGGGCUUCAACAUGGGACGCUACGUCCCGCCCGACGUCGAGGGCACCACGUCGGGCAACCGCCUGCACGGCAAACACGCCCUCGGCGCGCGCGCCUCCAAGCUCGCCUCGCACGGCGCCCUCACGGUGCGCUUCGAGAUGCCCUUCGCCAUCUGGUGCUCGUCGUGCCCGCGGCCGACCGUCAUCGGCCAGGGCGUGCGCUUCAACGCCCAGAAGCGCCGCGUCGGCAACUACCACUCGACGCCCGUCUGGGCCUUCCGCUUCCGCCACGCUGAGUGCGGCGGCGACAUCGAGAUGCGCACCGACCCCAAGAACACGGCGUACGUCGUCGUCGAGGGCGCCGCCAAGCGCGACACGGGCGAGGACCGCGCCCGCGAGGGCGACGCCGUCAUCCUGACCGACCAGGAGCGCGAGGCCCUGCGCAAGAAUGCCUUUGCGAGCCUCGAGAAGACCAUUGCGGACCGCGAGCAGCUGAAGCGGGCGACGGAGCGCAUCGAGGAUCUGGAGGAGGCGUCGCAGCGCCAUUGGGACGACCCGUACACCCAGAACCAGAAGCUGCGGCGCGCAUUCCGCGUGGGUAGGAAGAGCCGCGAGACCGCCGCUGCGGCAACGGAGGACCUCAAAGACCGCAUGAGCUUGGGGAUCGACCUGGUGCCGGCAACCGAAGAAGAUUCCCGCCGUGCCGCCCUGGUCGACUUUGGUCCCGUAGACGACACAGCUCAAGGCCGCGCCCUCGCCAAGCCCUUGUUCGGCGGUGGCUCCAGCAAGAAACCCCAGGCUCCAUCCAAGGGCGUCCUGCUCAAGUCCGAGAAGGAGGUGUCGCGGAGAAAGGAGACCCUAGUGUCAGAACUCAUAGGCAACACUCGAGCAACCCAGGACCCAUUCCUACGGGAUACUCGAGCUGGAGAAACCAAACCCCCUGCCAGGUUGCCAGGAGUGAAACGGAAACGCACUCUACAGGAAGAUAUAGCUCCGGCUCCAAAGACCCUCGUGCAGGAAGCGAGCGUCUCGACCGGACUGGUUAAUUACGACUCUGAUUAAUGAAGGAUGAAUUAAUUGAUGAAAAACGGCAUGGACAGCAUAGAUUAUAUAGUUAAGAUACCCCGGGACAUUAUUAUGAUGCAAUCCUAUUGAAAUUCAAAUAUUCUGCGGUUCUGUCUGCUAAAUCCUCGGACGAGGCAAGCAAAACCAGCUGUAGGAUGCCGAAGCUCCUUGUCGAUUUCGACUGCUCUUCCCCAGCAGUCCCCCAACUUGGUCUUGCCCAACAAAUGCCAAAAGCGCAGUGAUAUAUCCCUACCUACCUUAAACCCAUGAAACAAAAUUCGAUCCAACCCAGUCUGGGGUGGAGGCCGUCGGGGUGGUUGUAACUCCGUCCAAUGAAG